AUGACCACCAUCUAUCAAGCUCCACCCCAGUUGGCCAACAAAAACUUGUUUCAAACAAGACCAUUUAUUGAUAAUGUGUUUAUUGAAUCCACAAAGUCAAAUCAAACUUUCACAGUGGUCAAUCCCGCCACUGAAGAGGUUUUAGCUGAAUUGCCAGUACAAACCGAGGAAGAAAUUGAUGAGGCUAUUGAAUCGUGCCACCGUGCUUUCCAAACUUUUAAACAAACAAACAGUUACGAUAGAUCAAAGAUGUUGAGGAGAAUGUAUGAUUUAAUGAUUGAAAAUUUGGAUGACUUGGCAAUUUUGAUUACUUUGGAAUGUGGUAAAAGCCUUGUUGAUGCUAAAGGUGAGAUCAAAUAUGCGGCCUCAUACUUUGAGUGGUUUAGCGAAGAGGCCAAAAGAAAUUACGGGGAGACUAUCCAAACAUCGAAUCCCAACAAUAAGGUCAUUACCUUGAGACAACCAGUUGGGCCAGUUGGGUUAUUAUGUCCAUUUAAUUUCCCUUCAGCUAUGGGUACAAGAAAAGCUGCCCCAGCAUGGGCAGUGGGAUGCACUUGUAUAUUGAAGCCAGAUGCCCAAACACCGUUGAGUUCAUUGGCACUUGCUUAUUUAUCAAGAGAAGCUGGAUUCCCACCUGGAGUGUUUAAUGUGGUCUUAGCUUCAAUCGAGUCUACUCCUAUGGUUGGAUUGAAAAUCUGUGAAAGUCCUAAAAUUAAAAAAGUUAGUUUUACCGGAUCAACCCCCGUGGGUAAAUUGCUCAUGAAGCAAAGUUCACUGACUUUGAAAAAAUUGUCUAUGGAAUUGGGAGGCAAUGCUCCGAUUAUCAUAUUUGACGAUGCUGAUUUGGAACUUGCAGUCAGUCAAUCGAUUGCAUCUAAAUUUAGGUCAUUGGGACAGACUUGUGUUUGUGCUAAUCGGAUCUAUGUCCAGAGUGGAAUCUAUGACAAGUUUUGUCAAGAAUUUGCUGCAAAGACAACUGAAUUCAAAAUCGGUAAUGGUAUGGAACCAGGUGUUACUCAUGGGUGCUUAAUUAACGUUAAAGCCGUGGCUAAGGUUGAAGAGCAUUUUAAUGAUGCAAUCGCCAAAGGAGCUGAUGUUUUGGUUAAAGGUGGAAGAUUACCAGAAUUGGGUAAACAUUUCUACUCACCGGCAGUGGUUUACAACACUCCCAGCAAUGCCCAAGUAUUUCAUGAAGAAACAUUUGGUCCAUUGGCUGCAAUUGCUAAAUUCGAUACGCGUGAAGAAGUUGUCAAGUUGUGCAAUGAUACUCCAUAUGGUUUGGCAUCAUACGUGUUUAGUGAGUCAUUGAAUACCGCUUGGUAUAUGUCCGAGUACUUGGAUGUUGGUAUGGUUAGUGUCAACACUGGGUUAUUCACAGACGCCAGUUUACCAUUUGGUGGAAUUAAAGAAUCAGGAUUUGGAAGAGAAGGUUCCCUUCAUGGAAUGGAUGACUACACCGUGAUAAAAUCCAUAACAUUGGGAAACUUGUAUAGAUAA